AAUCAACUAGGAGACUUUUCUCUCUCUCUCUCUCUCUCUCUCUCUCAAAGAAGGCUUUUCUUUGGUUUCGAUUUGUGUUUUCGGUUUUCACCUGUUGUCGCCAUCCAUUACGACUACUUCCCAAUUUCUUGCAAUUUUCGCCGGCCCUUACCUGUUCUCUUUCUCUCUCUACAAAUGACUUUAGCCUUUGAAUUUUCCGUGUUUCUAUCUCUCCCCUCAGGUAUAUACAGAUUUUCCAAUCAUCUCAGCGCUGGAGAAACGCAACCCAGAAGGAGAAUCAGCUCAAUCUCUCUCUCUUUAGAAUCUCUUCUUGUUGUACACGCCAGUAAGUUCUGACAAAGCUUUAGCUCUUCACAUUCAUACUUGUUGGUAGCUGGGUUUUUUCCUACAAAACUGUAAUAGAAGAACAAAAAAAUCAAAGAUUACACAGAUUUUCCUUGUUUUUAAGGGUUCUGGGCUUGUUUGUUUCUUAGUUUUUGUUGCUUCUGUUGUGAGUUUUGGUGAAUUUGGGUAAGAUCAAUAUCUGGGUAUCACAUGAAUUUGGUGAAUAUUGAUUCUAUGCUGCUCAAGAGGUCUCUGAUCUUCAGAUCAUGGCCUCACAGCGGCCUCUUCUGAUCCCUUCACCACGAAUUCAAGGCACAGAAGAUCUUCCUUAUACACCUGUUUUCACUGAUCUGUUAAAACCCAUUUCUAUCAACCCGAAACCCUCUUCCGGGAUGGAUUCAAGUAUUCAAAUAGAGAAUUCUUCCGUCCCCGAUUCAUCGUCCCGGCGAAGUGUUUCCUCCAUUCAGUCAAAGGCCUCGGGUGGGAGUUCUGUUAGAGAAGUGAGUUUUGCUGAGUUGGGAUCAAAGCCGGUGAGGUAUGGAUCGAGGGGUGCGGAUUCUGAAGGGUUUAGCAUGUCCCAGAAAGAAAUUACUGAUGUGGAUGCUAGGUUGGUUUAUAUAAAUGAUCCCGAGAAGACAAAUGAGAGGUUUGAAUUUGCCAAGAAUUCCAUUAAGACUGCGAAAUAUACUAUCCUUACAUUCCUGCCUCGGAAUCUUUUUGAACAGUUUCAUAGAGUUGCAUACAUAUAUUUCCUUGUGAUUGCGGUCCUCAACCAGCUUCCACAGCUUGCUGUUUUUGGCCGGGGAGCUUCGAUCUUGCCAUUAGCAUUUGUAUUGUUAGUUACAGCAGUUAAGGAUGUCUAUGAGGACUGGAGGCGGCAUAAUUCAGACAGGAUUGAGAACAAUCGACUGGCAUCAGUUAUCGUAAAUGGUCAGUUUCAACAGAAAAAAUGGAAAGAUAUUCAAGUGGGUGAGAUCAUUAAAGUUUCUGCCAAUGAUACUCUUCCUUGUGAUAUGGUGCUGCUUUCAACGAGCGACCCCACUGGAGUUGCUUAUGUGCAGACCAUUAAUUUGGAUGGGGAAUCCAAUUUGAAGACACGGUAUGCAAAGCAGGAGACCAUUUCGAAACUUCCAGAGGAGGGGAAAAUUAGUGGGUUGAUCAAAUGUGAGAAACCCAAUAGGAACAUAUAUGGGUUCCAUGCAUACAUGGAGAUUGAUGGGAAGAGGGUGUCGCUUGGACCUUCCAAUAUCAUUCUCCGUGGUUGUGAGCUCAAGAAUACUGCUUGGGCACUUGGGGUUGCUGUAUAUGCUGGCAGGGAGACCAAAGCCAUGCUCAACAACUCUGGAGCACCAUCCAAGAGGAGCCGUCUUGAGACCUACAUGAACCGGGAGAUCAUUCUCCUCUCUUUAUUUCUUGUUGGAUUGUGUAUGGUAGUCUCUGUUUGUGCUGCUAUUUGGUUGAGGCACAACCGGGAUGAGUUAGAUAUCAUCCCUUUUUACAGGAGAAAGGACUUCUCUGAAGACGAAGUGGGGAACUAUAAUUAUUACGGAUGGGGGUUGGAGAUAUUCUUCACUUUCCUUAUGUCAGUUAUUGUGUUCCAGAUUAUGAUUCCUAUUUCAUUGUAUAUAUCGAUGGAGCUUGUUCGUGUUGGUCAGGCUUACUUUAUGAUUAGAGAUACCCGAAUGUAUGAUGAAGCCUCCAAUUCAAGAUUCCAGUGCAGGGCGUUAAAUAUAAAUGAAGAUUUGGGGCAAAUAAAGUAUGUGUUCUCUGACAAAACUGGCACUUUGACUGAGAACAAGAUGGAAUUUCAAUGUGCAAGCAUUUGGGGUAUUGAUUACAGCGGCAGGGAUACCCGUAUUCAAGACGAACAAGUUGAAUACUCCAUUCAAGAUGGGAAGGUUUUGAGACCAAAGAUGAAGGUAAAGGUUGACCCGGAGCUUCUCCGACUAUCAAAAAGUGGAAAGGAUAGAAUUGAACGCAAACAUGUCCACGACUUUUUUCUUGCAUUGGCUACUUGCAACACAAUUGUGCCUCUUAUUACAGAGACAUCUGAUCCUCAUGUGAGAUUGUUAGAUUAUCAAGGGGAGUCUCCAGAUGAACAGGCAUUAGUGUACGCUGCUGCUGCUUAUGGUUUUAUGCUAAUAGAGCGAACAUCUGGCCACAUAGUUAUUGAUGUUGAAGGAGAAAGACAGAGGUUCAAUGUUUUGGGUAUGCAUGAAUUUGAUAGUGACCGGAAGAGAAUGUCAGUUAUAUUGGGGUGCCCUGACAAGACAGUAAAAAUCUUUGUAAAAGGUGCUGACUCGUCCAUGUUCAGUGUAAUAGAUAGAUCACUGAACUUGAACAUAGUGCAGGAAACUGAAGGCCAUAUUCACUCUUAUUCCUCUAUUGGCUUGAGAACCCUAGUUGUUGGAAUGCGGGAAUUGAGCGUCCCUGAAUUUGAGCAAUGGCAGUCUAAUUAUGAGACAGCAAGCAAUGCUUUGAUUGGAAGGGUGGCUUUACUUCGUAAGGUUGCUAACAGCAUAGAGAGCAACCUCAGCAUAUUGGGUGCCUCUGGGAUUGAAGAUAAACUGCAGCAUGGUGUACCAGAAGCAAUUGAGUCUUUAAGAACGGCGGGAAUUAAAGUGUGGGUUUUGACGGGUGACAAGCAACAAACUGCCAUUUCAAUUGGCUACUCAUCUAAGCUUUUAACAAGCAAGAUGACUCAGAUUAUCAUAAACAACAACUCUAAGGAGUCAUGUAGAAAGAGUCUAGAAGACGCCUUGAUUAUGUCUAAGAAGCUUACUGGCUCUGGUGCAACAAACAUUACUGAAGGAAGUGCUGGAGCUGUUAUUAGUCUGCUUGCUUUGAUCAUUGAUGGAACAAGUCUUGUUUAUAUUCUGGACAGUGAGCUUGAAGAACAGCUAUUCGAAUUGGCCAAUAAAUGUACAGUGGUACUGUGCUGUCGAGUGGCUCCAUUGCAAAAAGCUGGAAUUGUUGCUCUCAUAAAGAACAGGACGGACGAUAUGACCCUUGCCAUUGGGGAUGGUGCUAAUGAUGUUUCAAUGAUCCAAAUGGCUGAUGUGGGGAUUGGCAUCAGUGGCCAAGAGGGUCGGCAAGCUGUCAUGGCAUCAGAUUUUUCUAUGGGUCAGUUCAGAUUCUUGGUUCCUCUUUUAUUCGUCCAUGGACAUUGGAAUUACCAACGGAUGGGCUACAUGAUUCUAUACAAUUUUUAUAGGAAUGCAGUAUUCGUUCUUGUCUUAUUCUGGUAUGCGCUUUUUACAGCUUUCACCUUGACAACUGCUAUCACGGAAUGGAGCAGUAUGUUGUAUUCAAUAAUCUACACUUCGUUGCCCACAAUAGUUGUUGGUAUUCUUGACAAGGAUCUAAGUAGAAUGACUCUAAUGAAAUACCCUCAGCUUUAUGGGGCUGGACAAAGACAGGAAUGCUACAAUGGAAAAUUGUUUUGGGUAGCAAUGAUGGACACUUUGUGGCAGAGUGUAGCCAUCUUUUUUGUCCCCCUCCUUGCAUAUUGGGGAAGCAACAUUGAUGGUUCAAGCAUGGGAGAUCUUUGGACAAUUGCAGUGGUGGUGGUAGUUAAUAUACACUUAGCUAUGGAUGUGAUUCGGUGGACUUGGAUUACUCAUUCAGCCAUUUGGGGAUCUAUAAUAGCAACUUGCAUUUGUGUAAUUGCUAUUGAUUCUGUGCCUGAACUACCUGGCUACUGGGCCAUCUUUCAUCUUGUGAAGACCGGAUUGUUUUGGUUGUGCUUGCUUGGCAUUAUAGUUGGAGGAAUGAUUCCUCACUUUGUUGUAAAAAUUUUUGUUCAAUACUAUAGACCUUCUGAUGUUCAGAUUGCACGAGAAGCUGAGAAGUUUGGAAAUUUAGGGGAGCUUGGUGGUGGAGAAAUUGAAAUGAAUCCAAUCUUUGAUCCUCCCCGGAGAUGACUAGGUGAUUUUUGGUCCUUUAAUCUUUUUAUUUUUAUUUUUUAAAUUACAUAUUCUUUAGGCUGCUUUAGAGAAUCUCUUUCUCUUGCCGGAUUUUCAUUGCUUGCUAUCGAAGGAUAGUAAUUGUAUCAAUUAGGUUUGUAAUUUACACUGUUGUAUGCUCCAUAAAGGUAUUGAUUGUACAUUAGCAUUGUGAAAACACACAAUCCAAACAGUUGUGAAAUGCAAAUUUUCAAUGAAAAAGAUUUUAAUUU